UCUCCCUAAUCUAAUCUAAGCAUAAACGCAUCCCGAUGUUUGAUCUUCUGUCGAAGAAAGCUUUGUCAGUUUCGCCCCGAAGCUACUACCGCACGCAUCGCCCAGGAGUUGUGACUAAAGUAGUUAUAAUAUGACUUCGUUUCUCCUACCCGGUAACAUAGUGUACGGCGGUCCUGUGACUGCUCAGGACGGCCAGGAGUCCAGAUCCCUGGGCCAAUAUAUCCUCGACAAGUAUAAGAGCUUCGGCGACCGAACGAUGCUUGUGGAUGCCGUCAAAGGUGUGGAGUACUCGGCCAGCUUCAUGCACGAGUCCAUUGUCCGGCUGGCCUACAUUCUCCAGAAAUUGGGCGUAAAGCAGAACGAUGUGAUUGGUCUGUCCAGUGAGAAUAGUAUAAACUUCGCGCUGGCCAUGUUCGCCGGAUUUGCAGUGGGGGCAACGGUGGCUCCUCUUAACGUGACCUACUCGGACCGCGAAGUCGAUCAUGCCAUCAACCUGUCCAAGCCUAAGAUCAUAUUUGCCUCCAAGCUUACUUUAGAUAGAGUGGCCAAGGUGGCUAGCAAGAACAACUUCGUCAAAGGCAUUAUCGCCUUCAGCGGCAGCUCCAAGAACUUUAAGAAUAUCUAUGCCCUGAAUGAUUUGAUGGACAACGAUAAGUUCAAGACGCAGUCGGACUUCACGUCCCCACUUGCUAAUAAGGACGAGGAUGUGGCCUUGAUAGUGUGUUCGUCGGGAACCACAGGAUUACCUAAGGGAGUGCAGAUCACCCAAUUGAAUGUGCUGACCACCCUCGACUCACAACUAGAACCCACAAAAAUACCUAUGGAAGAGACAACGCUACUAACCGUAAUCCCCUGGUUCCACGCCUUUGGUUGCCUGACACUCAUUGUCUACACCUGCAUGGGCUCCCGGCUGGUUUUCUUGCUGAAAUUCGAGGAGAACCAGUUCUUGUCGGCAAUCGAGAAGUAUCGCGUGAGGAUGGCCUUCAUGGUACCCCCACUGAUGGUCUUCCUGGCCAAGCACCCUAUCGUGGACAAGUAUGAUCUGUCCUCACUCAUGGUCCUGUUGUGUGGAGCUGCACCACUCAGUCGCGAGACCGAGGAUCAAAUCAAGAAGCGCAUUGGAGUGCCUUUUAUCCGCCAGGGCUACGGACUGAGUGAAGCCACGUUGGGCGUGCUGGUGCAGACCGAUGACUUCUGCAAGCCUGGAAGUGUGGGCGUGCUCAAGGUGGGCAUCUACGCCAAGGUGAUUGAUCCGGAUACUGGCAAAAUUCUAGGAGCCAACGAGCGGGGUGAGCUAUGCUUCAAGGGCGACGCGAUCAUGAAGGGAUAUAUUGGGGAUACCAAAUCUACACAGACGGCCAUUAAGGACGGAUGGCUACAUACUGGUGACAUUGGCUACUUCGACGUUGACUUCGAGUUCUUCAUCGUGGACCGUAUCAAGGAGCUGAUUAAGUACAAGGGAUUCCAGGUUCCGCCCGCUGAAAUUGAGGCUUUGCUGCUUACCCACGACAAGAUUAAGGAUGCGGCGGUCAUUGGCAAGCCGGACGAAGAGGCCGGAGAGCUGCCGCUAGCUUUCGUGGUGAAGCAAGCCAAUGUCCAGCUGACCGAGAAUGAUGUUAUCCACUUCGUAAACGAGCGCGCCUCGCCGGCCAAGCGGCUUAGGGGUGGCGUAAUCUUCGUGGAAGAUAUUCCAAAGAACCCUAGUGGAAAGAUCCUACGCCGUAUUCUUCGCAACAUGCUCAAGAAGCCAAAGUCCAAGCUUUAAGGAGAACUUAUUUCUCUAUUUUUCUUGUUAACUUGAUUUAUUGUUUGCUCAAGCUUUUGUAAUUAACUACCAAUUCGUUUGGAGUUGUCUUUAAUCUUUCUGGGCGUAUUUUCUUUUUAUCUUUCCUUCUAAAAAUUCACUUUAAUAAAAUAUUAUCCUUUGAAACAAAAUUAUUAUAAUCUAGAGCGCUAUGUGUAUGUGGAAUAAAUAAUAUUUAUAAUAAUAAUAAAAUAAUUUUUAAAUUUGACCUAAAUGACAGAUUUAAAGCCAAAUAGAUAAGAUAAUCACAAAUAUGAUACAGUAUGAUAUAUGUCAAAUAUUCUUAAUUGU